AGAAAGUUCUUUAAUUUCAACUCAAAAUCUUUAAGUUUUAUUUUUAUCAAAUGGCUGAUAAAAGCAAAAUUCUGAUCAUUGGAGGAACAGGGUAUAUUGGUAAAUUUGUAGUUGAAGCUAGUACAAAAUCUGGACACCCAACUUUUGCUUUAGUUAGAGAGACCACACUUUCUGAUCCUAUUAAGGGCAAAAUUGUUGAGAAUUUCAAGAAUUUGGGUGUCACUAUUAUUAAUGGUGAUUUGUAUGAUCAUGAGAGUUUGUUGAAGGCUAUAAAACAAGUGGAUGUGGUGAUAUCAACUGUUGGUGAUGCGCAAUUGGCUGAUCAAGUUAAAAUCGUUGAUGCUAUCAAAGAAGCUGGCAAUAUUAAGGAAAACAUUUUCCUUCAUACCAAACACACCCAAUGUGUUCACAGAGCUAAAUUAUCUUGUGCUAAAAAAAAUUCAGAGGUUCUUCCCUUCGGAGUUUGCUAUGGAUGUCGAUAGGAUCAUGAAUGCUGUGGAGCCAGUAAAGUAUACAUUUGUUGCGCAAGCCAAAACCCGAAGAGCUAUUGAGGCUGCAGAAAUUCCCUAUACUUACGUCUCAUGUAACUAUUUUGCUGGUUGUUUCUUACCAAAUUUGGUCCAGCCAGGAGCCACUGCUCCUCCUCGAGACAAAGUCAUCAUUCCUGGAGAUGGGAAUGUUAAGGCUGUAUUCAAUGAAGAACAUGACAUUGGCACCUACACCAUUAAGGCUGUUGAUGACCCGAGAACGUUGAACAAGUCCCUUUACAUCAGGCCUCCCAAGAACACCUUAUCGUUCAACGAGCUUGUGGCUAUAUGGGAGAAACUGAUUGGUAAAACUCUCGAGAAAAUCUACGUUCCAGGGGAGCAAAUUCUCAAAGACAUCCAGCCAUCUCAAACGCUAAUCAAUUACAUGCUAUCAGUCAACCACUCAACAUUCGUGAACGGUGAUCAUACCAAUUUUGAGAUAGAGCCAUCGUUUGGGGUUGAGGCAUCGGAAGUUUAUCCAGAUGUUAAGUACACCACCGUGGAGGAGUACCUUGGUCGCGUUGUCUAAACUACAUGUUUGAUGUCUUCGAUAACUCGAAUAAACUGUUAGAUGAUGAGUGUUGUCAGACAUUUUGUCUGGAAGUAUGAGUGCUUGUUAACUAUUUCAUCAGAGACAGGUUGAAUGGUAUGUUUUAAGUCUGUUUUUUCUGUCCAUACUGCCUAGUACUAUAAUGAAAAUGGAAGCCAUUCGCGUUUUUUUU